UUGGCCACGCGCCCUUUCUGUCUCCACAGUCCCCCUCCCCGUGACCUGAGCCCUGCGAUCCGUUCUCGGCGAUCCAUCCCGUCUCCGGGGAAGUCGAAAGGAAGCGAAGAGAAGCCCAUCUAUAUUGAUAGGGGUAGACCGAUCUCAGAGAGGGAGAGAUAGAGAGAUGUGGCGGAGCUGCGUGUCUCGAUCCCUUCGCCUCUCCUCCAAGAAGGCGUCGAUCGGAGGUCAACCGAUCCGCCGCUACCCUUCUAGGCCCAGAUUUUUCUCGACCAACUCGUUCGGACAGUACACUGUUGUGGAUCACACCUACGAUGCAGUUGUCGUAGGAGCUGGAGGUGCUGGGCUUAGGGCUGCAAUUGGACUCUCUGAGCAUGGCUUUAACACAGCUUGCAUUACCAAGCUCUUCCCCACUCGCUCUCAUACGGUUGCAGCACAGGGUGGUAUAAAUGCAGCCCUUGGAAAUAUGACUGAAGAUGACUGGAGGUGGCAUAUGUAUGAUACAGUCAAAGGAAGUGAUUGGUUAGGUGAUCAGGAUGCUAUUCAAUAUAUGUGCAGAGAAGCACCAAAAGCAGUUAUUGAGCUCGAAAAUUAUGGAUUGCCAUUCUCCCGAACUGAAGAUGGGAAAAUUUAUCAGCGUGCUUUUGGAGGUCAAAGUUUGGACUUUGGAAAAGGUGGCCAGGCCUAUCGGUGUGCAUGUGCUGCUGAUCGAACUGGUCAUGCAUUGCUUCACUCACUUUAUGGCCAAGCAAUGAAGCACAACACCCAGUUCUUUGUGGAAUACUUUGCAUUGGAUCUUCUCAUGGAUAGCAAUGGGGCCUGCCAGGGGGUGAUUGCAUUGAACAUGGAGGAUGGGACCCUUCAUCGUUUCCGUGCUGCCAACACAAUUUUGGCAACUGGGGGUUAUGGCAGAGCAUACUUCUCUGCAACCUCAGCUCAUACAUGUACAGGAGAUGGCAAUGCUAUGGUUGCACGUGCUGGAUUGGCUCUCCAGGAUCUUGAGUUUGUACAGUUCCACCCUACUGGCAUAUAUGGUGCUGGGUGCCUCAUUACUGAAGGAUCUCGUGGUGAAGGCGGUAUCCUUAGGAACAGUGAAGGUGAACGUUUUAUGGAACGAUAUGCUCCUACUGCCAAGGAUCUUGCAUCACGAGAUGUUGUUUCAAGAUCAAUGACAAUGGAAAUAAGAGAAGGUCGUGGCGUAGGACCACUGAAGGACCACAUCUAUCUGCAUUUGAAUCAUUUACCGCCGGAUGUUCUCAAGGAAAGACUUCCUGGCAUAUCAGAAACUGCUGCUAUUUUUGCUGGUGUUGACGUCACUAAGGAGCCCAUCCCUGUUUUGCCUACAGUGCACUAUAAUAUGGGUGGGAUUCCCACAAACUAUCAUGGAGAGGUAGUUCAUAUCAAAGGUAAUGAUCCAGAUGCUGUAGUUCCUGGCUUGAUGGCUGCUGGGGAGGCAGCUUGUGCAUCUGUUCAUGGUUCAAAUCGGCUUGGUGCAAAUUCCCUUCUUGAUAUAGUGGUUUUUGGCAGAGCUUGUGCCAACAGGGUUGCAGAAAUUUGCAAGCCAGGACGCAAGCAGAAACCUCUUGAAAAAGAUGCUGGAGUGAGGACUAUUGCCUGGCUUGAUAAACUAAGAAACUCAAAUGGUUCACUGCCAACUUCAAAAAUUCGUCUCAACAUGCAACGGGUGAUGCAAAAUAAUGCUGCUGUGUUUCGAACUCAAGAAACACUAGAAGAAGGUUGUCAGUUGGUUGACAAAACAUGGGAGAGUUUUCAUGAUGUCAAAAUUCGUGAUCGGAGUUUGAUAUGGAAUUCUGACUUAAUGGAGACAAUAGAACUGGAGAAUCUUCUAAUAAAUGCAUGUAUAACUAUGCACUCAGCUGAGGCAAGGAAGGAGAGUAGAGGAGCUCAUGCUCGUGAAGAUUUUACGAAAAGAGACGAUGAGAAAUGGAUGAAACACUCACUAGGAUACUGGGAUAAUGAGAAAGUCAGGCUGGCGUAUAGGCCUGUCCAUAUGAAUACUCUGGAUGAUGAAGUAGAGUCAUUCCCACCAAAAGCACGUGUUUAUUGAAAUGCUGCUCUUCUUGCUUGAGUUGCUUUUUGAAGAUUUGCUCAGAAAAUAAUUGCUUUUUGAAGGCUACCCGAUUACAUGACUUUGACAGUCAAAUAAAGUAGUUAAAUUUCAGCAUUUUCUCCAAAGGAAAAAAAUGUGCAACCUAUUUCAAUGGGAGAUGCCAAGUGCCGACAACCUGUGUAUCUGAUCUGAAAAAUGCUGAUAUCCCUGAAUUAUGAUCAAAAUGCCUUAUCUCAAAUGCAAACCAGGUUUAAUUUACUUUCC